AUGCUGCGGUACACCAGCACGUUCGGCCUCAUCAUAUUCAGCGUGGCGCUGCUCAUCCUGUCCUUCAUCAGCUUCGUGUCCAUCAAGAAGGACGUCAACCCCAGAUACGGACCCAACGGAGGACCGAGGAUGUACAUGUUCCACGCGGGCUUUCGUUCCCAGGUGGCGAUGAAGUAUCUGGAUCCAGCUUUCACUUCACUGAGCAGCGCUAUUAAUGAGGACCUGAAGAACUCCUCAAAAUGGACGUACAACAGCACUGCUUUUAUACAGCUGAGGACAGAGAUCUCUCAUCACAUCGACAUGCCCCACAACUUCACUCUGACUCGAGACGCAGUCAAAGUCGGACAGCUGAUGCACUUUGACUACUCUAGUCACAAGUACGUGUACUCCAUCGGAGAGAACUUCCGCUCGCUCUUGCCAGAGGUCUCGCCGAUCCUCAACAGGCACUACAACGUUUGUGCUGUGGUCGGCAACAGUGGCAUUCUCACCGGCUCGCUCUGCGGGGCCCAGAUUGAGAAGUAUGACUUUGUCUUCCGAUGCAACUUUGCUCCCACAGAGAUUUUUAAGAAGGACGUUGGUCGCCGAACCAACAUGACGACAUUUAACCCCAGCAUCCUGGAGAAGUACUACAAUAAUUUGUUGACUGUUCAGGACAGGAACAACUUCUUCUUGAGCCUGAAGAAACUGGAUGGAGCCAUUCUUUGGAUCCCGGCGUUUUUCUUUCACACGUCGGCCACAGUGACCAGAACACUGGUGGACUUCUUUGUGGAACAUCGAGGACAGCUGAAGGUCCAGCUAGCUUGGCCCGGAAACAUCAUGCAGUACAUCAACAACUACUGGAAAACCAAACAGUUGUCGCCGAAGCGCCUGAGCACCGGCAUCCUGAUGUACACUCUGGCCUCUUCCAUGUGCGACCAAAUCCACCUGUACGGCUUCUGGCCUUUUGGCUGGGACCCCAACACGGGUAAGGAGCUGCCGUACCACUACUACGACAGGAAGGGGACCAAAUUUACCACCAAAUGGCAGGAGUCCCAUCAGCUGCCAGCAGAGUUCAAACUCCUCCACAAGAUGCACACAGAAGGACUGCUGAAACUCACCCUUUCACAUUGUGCUUAA